AUGCACAGCAGCUCAGAGAAUGGGAGAAAUGUGAGCUCCGCAAGAAAUGUGAGCAACUCCGAAGCUAGGCGGAAUAUUGCGGGCCUCGCCGCAGACCGUGCUGCCGCCGUCGAAGCUGCCGCAAAGGAAGAUAAAGAGGAGGGCAAAGGGAAAAAGAGGCUCCCAUCAGAGCACCCCCUCAUCCUCAUCAUCCUCUUUCUCAUCUCUUUCUCAUCCUCCUCCUCCCCGCCCCUCCGAAUCACCCCAAGCUGUGGAUCUUACUCGAGGGGACCGACUAAUGCAGGGGCACAACGGCCACGAAGCCCACCGGAAACAACCUUCCGGCGCAGUUUGCUGCUGCACCGCCUGGAUACAGACUCCCGCCACAGGCUGGCACUGAGCCAAUCUCACACAUCAUUGAUUCGUUGA